GCAGCUUCGUUUCACCAUAUUUUGUUUCUGCCCUUUUGGUUUUUGCUCCAGAUGUUUUCAUCUACUUGUUUUGGAUUUGCAUGUAUUCUGGAAAGGGAUUAUUAGCAAGAAGAAGGGGGGGGGGGGGGGGGAGCGCCUGUGCAGUUUAAGUGGGAAAUGGAGUCCUCCUCUAAUAUUAUAACUAGAUAAAGCUUUGUCAUCCUAUGCCACGUUAAACGAGUUUGGAGGCAUUAGCAAAUUGGCGGUAGUCUCAUCGCCGCAGCUUCCUUUCAACAAGGGCACCGCUGCAGGGCGAAGCGCGCACCGUGUCUGCCUCCUCGCGUUAAUAUAUAUCAGAUGCCAUUCCUCUUCUCAGCCCCCUACCCGCCCCCCCCCCAAACGCCGCCUUCUUAUACAGAAAAUAAAGGCAACGACAUCCUCACAUCGGAGGGAGUUUCGGCGAUGCGCCGCGCAGAUGACUGAGCGCGGCAAUUAGACGGCAUACUGUUUGUUUAACUGAAUGUUUCCUCUCCGACACCCGUGAGUUAUCGUGGCCAUUAGCCCGCCCGAUCUCAAGUAUUUAUCUGGGCGCCGCUUUGAGGCUGCGCGUCUCCAUCAGCGCCUUUUUGGGGGGGUGUAUUUUUUUUGUUUUGUUAUUUUUUGUCACCGCCGCGACCCCACCACGGAGGACACAUGGCGCGGCGCCGCUGACGGGGGUGCUGCAGCUGGAUGGCGUGGUGAGCCUGAUGGAGCCAUGUUGGAUCUCAGUGGUGGUCCACUCCCCUGUCCUCCAUCCAUCAGACGCAAGCCAUUCUGUGUCACGUUCUGACAUAUCUGCUGACAUGUUUCAUUUGGGAACAGAUGUUGAUUUGAAGGAGGUGCAGAUGGAAAUCUCCGCUUUCCAAAUUCAGUUAAUAGACGUUUAGUGCCAGCUGAUGAAGACGGAACGUCCCAAGCCCAACACAUUCAUCAUCCGCUGCCUGCAGUGGACCACUGUCAUCGAGCGCACCUUCCACGUGGAGACCCCCGAGGAGAGGGAAGAAUGGACUAAAGCCAUCCAAGCCGUGGCUGAAGGCCUGCAGAAACAGGAGGAGGAGAUGAUGGACUCUUCUCCGGACCCCAUGGACAUGGAGAUCUACCUGACCAAACCCAGACAGAAAGUGACUAUGCACGACUUUGAAUACCUCAAACUUCUGGGAAAAGGCACUUUUGGCAAAGUCAUCCUGGUAAAGGAGAAGGCCACAGGACGAUACUACGCCAUGAAGAUCCUAAAAAAGGAGGUGAUCGUAGCAAAAGAUGAAGUGGCGCACACACUCACAGAGAACAGAGUCCUCCAGAAUUCAAAGCAUCCGUUCUUGACAGGACUGAAAUACUCCUUCCAGACACACGACCGAUUGUGCUUCGUCAUGGAGUACGCCAACGGUGGUGAGCUUUUCUUCCACCUCUCGAGGGACCGCGUGUUCUCAGAAGAGCGGGCGCGGUUCUACGGCGCCGAGAUCGUGUCGGCGCUGGACUACCUGCACGCUGAAAGAAACGUGGUCUAUCGAGAUCUAAAGCUGGAAAACCUCAUGCUGGACAAAGACGGACACAUAAAGAUCACAGACUUUGGCUUAUGUAAGGAGGGGAUCAAAGAUGGAGCCACCAUGAAGACUUUCUGUGGGACGCCAGAGUACCUGGCACCUGAGGUGCUAGAAGACAACGACUACGGCCGCGCUGUGGACUGGUGGGGCCUGGGGGUGGUGAUGUACGAGAUGAUGUGCGGCCGCCUGCCCUUCUACAACCAGGACCACGAGAAGCUGUUCGAGCUCAUCCUCAUGGAGGACAUCCGCUUCCCUCGGACUCUGGGCCCCGAGGCGCGCUCGCUGCUCUCCGGCCUUCUCAAGAAGGAGCCCACGCAGAGGUUAGGCGGCGGUUCUGAAGACGCCAAGGAGAUCAUGCAGCACAAGUUCUUCGCCGGCAUCGAGUGGCAAGACGUGUACGAGAAGAAGCUGGUCCCUCCGUUUAAGCCCCAGGUUACCUCGGAGACGGACACUCGAUACUUCGACGAGGAGUUCACGGCACAGACCAUCACUAUUACGCCCCCCGGACAAGAUGACAGCAUGGAGUCAUUCGACAGCGAGCGGAGACCCCACUUCCCCCAGUUCUCCUACUCUGCCAGCGGGACGGCCUAACCACAACCACCCCCCCCCACCCCCCGACUCCAACUCCACCCCACCCGACUGCACUCUCAAAAGACCCCCCCCCCCCCCCCUGCAUUGUCUGCAGACGACGACCACCACGCCGCCGGUGGAUGGAACACUUCCAGGAAGGAGGAAAUGGAAAAACAAAAGCUGCCUGCGGUUGUUGCUGCGAGGCCCUUUGAAGACUGACCACGGGGACGCGACCCCUGCGUCUCCUCGUCCUUCUGUUGUAUUCUGAGCAGGCAUCCACACGACGCCAUGGCGACUGGGGGGGGUCGCGUUGUGCAUCAAUUAGGCCACUGAUUGUGAGUUUUGCAUUGAAAAUGUACAAGUGAAAUAUGAAUCAACCAUUUCAAAAUGGAAGCAUGGAUACUGUGGACCAAAAAGGUGAUUUGAGCAGAGAGUGUUUUGUUUUUUGAGUGGGUAAUAAAUCUGUUUUCUCCUCUUAAGACAAACUGAGAAAUUCAAAUGCCAUUCAGACUUCAAGACGUUUCUGGCCUCUAAAGUGAAUGUACCGUAUCAAAUAAAGUCAAUCAUUCUGCAUACUUGCUUAUUAUACCACACGCUGACUCUAAGAGUGAAACACCAUCUUCUGGAGGGGGAUCUUUUUUCUUUUUCUCCUUUUUUUAAAUUUUUAUUUAAUCAUUUUCCUACUACCGUGAUGAAAACCGACAGCGGUCUGUCUGUUGUUUCAUCACCAUCCACCACAAUGAGUCUGACGAAUCGAUUGUGCAAUACGCUGUGAUGUGAGGAAUGGCAGACGUACAACAAGGAAAUGAAUCAUUACUGUGGGGUGGUGGUGGUGGUGGGUGGGGGGGGGGGCACAGAAGCCGUCCUGCAAAGGAUUCCUCCCUGUUUUCCUCACAGAGAUAACCCCAGAUGCCUGAUUUCGGAUAAUAAAUAACUCCUCCUGCCCCCUUGAAGCGUGUGCUCAUAGUUCCUGAUGCCUUCCCGUGCAGACACCUCCUGGUUUCCCCCCCCCGCCCCCCCACCUGCUGACCCAAUCAGAAACCCUUCUCCCCCUCCGGGCUUUUCCUCCAUGUACAGAACAGUAUUGGGUGUUUUUACAACCCGGUGCAUUCACCGCAGCCUCAAUGAGGUCACCUUAACAUUAUACACUUCUUUAGGAAUACUCUGCAAAACAAACCGGGCUUCAGGGACGUGCAGAAGGAGUCGUCUUUGAUUCGCUACUUUGUGGCCCUUUUGGUCCCUUCACGCGUUUCUGAGUUAUUUAUAUGAGACCAGCAUUGACUAAAUUGAGUUUUACUGUGCCAAUGAUAUGCACUUUGCUGUCCCAAAAAUGAUUGUAUUUGGAAUCUUGUUUGUUAUACUUUAUGGUUGGUAAAAGACUAAAUUAGCUUCUUUUUUUUCUUUUUUUUUAAUGUAAGUUCAAAUGUUGUGGUUAUAAAUAAAACCCGAAUGGCUGGUGUGAAUGAUUACUCCCCUUUUACAGACACCUGAGGCUAAACCCAGACCCUUUGGAACCCAAAGUCCUAUUUCAAAGUCUACCAGGUUUCCAAAAGGGCUUCAGUCAUUUUAAUUUUUUUAAGGUGACAAUCAUUUUUUCAAAAUUGCAUCAUACUUUGUUGAAUGUAAUGGUUUUUAUGAUAUUGUUUUCACUUCACAAUCAUUUGCAAACCUCGGUUUCUGAUGGUCACUUAUUCUUCAGCACACUCACCCCUUUUGCUGUCACCUUCUGAAAAAAUAGGGAAAUUCAUUUUGUACUUUAUUUUUUAUUUUGACUUAUUUUGUACCUUCCCUCCAAUAUUCCUGAGACUGAGGACACCAGCUUUAGUAAACAAAUAAUAUAAACUUUGUACACUGUUUUUACUUGUUUCUUCCAAAUUGAUGAAAUAAAAGGUCUUA